CGCUAUGAUCAAGUCGCCUCCCUCACACUCUACCAGUCCGUUCAUUUUCCAUCAUGGCUCCCUCGGUGGACAGGCUAGGAUACUGGGGACGACCGACCUCAACUCUGGAUUGGUGUGAGGAGAAUUAUGUCGUGUCGUUUUACAUUGCAGAAUUCUGGAACACGGUCAGCAACCUGAUUAUGAUCCUCCCUCCCAUCUGCGGCGCCAUCCAAACCUUCAGAGAUGGAUUAGAGUUUCGCUACGUCUGCUCCUUUCUAGGACUGACAGCUGUGGGUGUUGGUUCCUGGUGCUUCCACAUGACCCUGCAAUAUGAGAUGCAGUUACUAGAUGAGUUGCCAAUGAUCUACAGCACCUGUGUCUUUGUCUACUGUCUAUAUGAGUGCUUCAAGCAGGAACAUACCAUCAGUCUAUUACUCAUCACUUUGUUGUUGAUCUUCAGUGUCUUAGUCAGUGUGGUCUAUUUACAAUGGAAGGAGCCAGUCUUUCACCAGGUUAUGUAUGGUGCACUUGUAGCCUGCCUAGUGAUACGUUCUAUCUUCAUAGUGACAUGGGUGUACCCAUGGCUCAAGCCUCUCUGCUACACCUCACUAAGUGUCUUCCUUCUGGGGUUUUUGUUGUGGAACAUAGACAACCUCUUAUGUGACUCACUGAGAGCCACUAGACAUAGUCUGCCCACUGGUGUUGGGACAGUCACACAGUUCCACGCCUGGUGGCAUAUCCUCACAGGCCUGGGGUCCUACCUACACAUCCUGCUCAGCCUGCAGAUCAGGUCAACCUACCUCAAGCACAGACCAAAAGUAAAGUUUCUAUGUGGGGUGUGGCCGACACUGCACGUGGAUCUCCAGAAGACAAGCUGAAGGGACAAGGGGACAGAAGAUGGUGACAGUCAGGCGUCACCCACACACAGGGACCUAACCAUCGCCCCCUCCCUCUGCUGCUUCGAGGUCCCACACCCUGAGACCGAUCGGGCAGCCAUGAUGCUGGGGACCCUUCAGUGCCUCACUGGAAGGAUCCGCCAAGUGCAGUAUAGCCAACGAGAGCUGAGAUGAAGCGGAAACCAUUUUGUCAUUCUCACCAAUCAAAGUAGUAGAUCAAAGAUCAUUUCGAUUUUUCAUGGUGUUGUUGUCGCGCACAUAUUUUUUUUAUUGCAACUGUAACGUGCAGUACCCUGUCAAAACUACAGGGGGUGGGGUGGGGGGGGGGGCGCGCUGGUGAACAUGUUACAAUAUUAAUGCUUUCUUGAUUAUGGCCAGGAAAACAAAAAAGAAAUGUGGGAUUUGACAGAAAUAUGAAACACAUGCACAUCUGUAUUAACAUUUAAUGUAAAACAUGGAUAUUCAGGAACAAUACAAUGCCAUAGGGUCUUAGGGUUUUAAAUUGCUUAGUUAACUAUUUACUACCUAAAUUCAUAUAUCCCUCUCCAAUAGGUUGGAGGGUAGUCAAUGUCUGUUGGUUACAAAUGGGACUGAAACCGAGCAAGCAGGAUAUGGGGGUUAUGUGAGUAGAGUAGUUAAGAUCUCCACUGCUGGGUCUUUUUUAGCACAGAUUUACUCAUUGACUUGAAUUGCAUUUCUUUAAUGUAUAAACCAGACUGAAUCUGCAUUAGACUUGUAAAUGUUGCUCUGCGAUGUAUUACAUGUUAGUGUCAUGUUUUUUUAAUGUUUUACCCUGAGUAUUAACUCAUUGAAGGGAGAUGACACAACUUCAUCCAAGGAUUGUAACACUGUUAUGUGGCUGGGAUCUUUGACAGGUUCAACCAUAGUGUUUGUGUUUAGCACAAGGCAACAGGGUCAUUCAAGUGCUUUACCAAAGCACACUUUGGUUUGACAUUUUUUCUGACGUGAAGAAGGCCUACCUGGAAUAUUAUUCAACUACAGUAUAUCUGCAUAAGCUGCCAAAGAGAAGUGUUUUCUCUUACUAGGGAGUCAGGUGGCUGAGCGGUGAGGGAAUCGGGCUAGUAAUCCAAAGGUUGCCAGUUCGAUUCCCGGUCAUGCCAACUGACAUUGUGUCCUUGGGCAAGGCACUUCACCCUACUUGCCUCGGGGGAAUGUCCCUGUACUUACUGUAAGUCGCUCUGGAUAAGAGCGUCUGCUAAAUGACUAAAUGUACUACCACCACUGUUCUUUUAAACAUUACUCUCCAUGGGAAGAACUGGAGGAUGGGAGUUGUAGUUUUGGAUGUGCCAGUUGAAAUGUAUUCUAUAAAAUGUUAUUGGAUUAUUGUCACAAUGUUAUCAAGGAGGCCUGUUGAAGUCAUUUGAAAAUGUGCAUGUCAUGUAAAAGUAAACAAAUCUACUGAUGUAUAUUAAUCAAUAUACAUCAGGGUAACAAACCUAAUAUUGUCCCAUAAUAUCACACUUAUUUUGCAUCAUUUAAAAAUAUAUAUAUUUGUAUGUUUACUGUUCCUGCAUAUCACUGCAAUGAUUUGCGAUGCUAUCUCAUUGGUUGCCACUAGAGGGAGCAGAUUGGCAUUAACAUUCAGGUUAUUAGUGUUCGAUACUUCAAUGUAAACAUGUUAUCACGUUGGUGUAGAUUUUAGACUCGAACAAUAGACUGGGACAGUAAAGUAGCAUGUGUGUCAUGAAUGCAGAGUCACUGGGCUACUGAACAGGAACCUCUACUGAUGUUUAUGGAUCAGCUACAGGCCUUGAAUGCUGACACGUCAAGCACAACAUGGCAUUAAUGUGGAAAUUACAAUGUAUUGAACUACUGUACUGUUUUUCGGAAAUGUCUGCAAAGUUAAUGUGGGGAAACAGUGGUCAAUAAGGGUGCCUUAUUUUUUCCUUUGUAGUGUACUCCGAGUUGCCUUGAAGUUCAUGAUAAAUUAAACCCAUUGUAAAUCAA